CGCCUGUUAACGGCUUGAUCCUUGCUGCAUAAAGUGCAACCAUGCCGCCGCAUUGCGUUAUCGAGGACGUGACGGAUGUAUAUGACCCUGCCGAAGGGGACAAGCUACUUGGCGACAUGCUGAUCAAGCAUGAGGGAGACGCACAGAAGUUCCUAACAACAGUACUAGGCUUUCUGAAACGCAAGUCGAACUUCUUUAAGGGCGAGGACCCUAAGCGGAGACUUCUCGAAGCAUACAAGGAGGUUACCGGAGAGGCUACCGCACCCGCUGGCAUUAAGGGUGGAUUCCUCGCAGGGUCUAAACCGGAGGAAGCAACGGCACCUGCGGCUGCUCCCGCUGAGCCCACAGCAGCAGCUCCAGAACCGGAAGCGGCAAGUGCCCCCUCGGCAGGAGGGGAGGAGGCAGCGGCGGCGGAGGGAGCAGCGGCAGCAGCGGCGCCUCAGGCGGCGGAGGCAGCGGAGACGCCAGCAGCAGCAGCAGCGACUGAGCAGCCGGCGGCCGCUGCGGAGGAGGCGGCAGCGCCAGCGGCAGCAGCAGCGGAGGCGGCAGCUUCUAAGGAGGAGGGGGAGAAGGAGGAGGGAGAGGAGGCGAGCAAGGGGCUGAAGCCCAAUGCUGCCCGCGGAGCCGACCUGGAUCGCUACAGCUGGGGUCAGACGCUGAGCGAGGUGACGGUUAGUAUUCCCGUGCCGCCCGGCACCAAGGGGCGCAUGCUGGAUGUGUCCAUCAGCCGCAACCGCCUGCGGGUGGGGCUGAAGGGGCAGCCGCCCAUCUUGGAGGGUGAGUUCCCCGAGCCGGUCAAGCCCGACGACAGCAUGUGGGCGCUGGUGGACAGCUGCGUGGAGGUGACGCUGGCCAAGGCGGAGGGGCUGCACUGGUGGGGCGCGGUGCUGCGGGGGGAGCCGCUGAUCGACACGCAAAAGGUUGAACCCGAGAACAGCAAGCUGAGCGACCUGGACUCGGAGACUCGCAAGACGGUGGAGAAGAUGAUGUUCGACCAGCGUCAGAAGGCGCUGGGGCUGCCCACCAGCGAGGAGAUGCAGAAGCAGGAGAUGCUCAAGAAGUUCAUGGCGGCGCACCCGGAGAUGGACUUCUCCAAGGCAAAGAUCAUGUAGAGGCGGGGAAGGGGAG